AUGUCUAAUCUGGAUACUGGGGCAACAUUUUUUGAAUCUUUGUGUGAAGAAGAACAACAUUUACAGGAGAACCAUGAAAAUCUACAAGCUGUCUUGAAGACGCUGAAUAGUUUAACUAAUGGAACAGCUACUGAUGCAGAAAUAGAGCAGAAUUUGGCUCUACUUUCAACGCAGUAUAAGAGUCUAGUUUCUAAUUCUGUGGAUUUACGAUACAGUAAGUACCAAACAAGAGAAUCACAACUUAAGAGUACGGAAAGGGUAGCUAGAGAUGCUCAAUUGAUGAAGAGGAGGCAGCCAACCGCUAAUUUGAGAGAAUAUGUAAAUGUCACGGAAAGUAUUAAUCGUCAUUCUCUAGAAUAUGUGAAUCUUUUAGAAAGACUUUCAGUGGAUCUAGCUAAACAGGUGGAGAUCUCAGAUCCUAGCGUCUCCAAAUUUGUUCUUAACGAUUGGAACCCACCGAAAGGAGUUCAAGCUAUACUAGACAAAUUUGCUGAUCCAUCAGCAGAUGCAGCACUUUUAAAGAUGGAAUUGGUUCAUUAUCUGGAUGAUAUUAAGAUGUCCCGUGCCAAGUACAGCCUGGAAAAUAAAUACUCGUUACAGGAUAAAGUUGUUAAUCUAAAUACAGAACUAAACCGUUGGAGAAAAGAGUUGGAUGAUAUAGAGAUGAUGAUGUUUGGUGAUGGAGCUACCUCAAUAAAGAAGAUGCUUGCUAAUGUAGAAAGUUUGAGAAGCAAGAUAAUGGUAGAGGAUAGUGAAAGCGCUGUACAGGCGGCUCAAAACCUCCAUGCGGACGAACAAGAUAUCGAAAUGAAAUAG